GAGAGAGAGAGCACCUCCGCGGCUCUUCCUGCCGCCUCGCCUCUCCUCUCCUGUGCGCAGCGCUCCGGCUCAGCCGCUCCUUCCUUCCUCAUUUCCUCUCCACACACAGCUGGCUCUCUCUCCUCUCGGAUGCUGGCUCUGCCUUAUCCUCUCGCACACCGCGCUGGAACCCCCCCUCCCCCUCCCCUCCCCCCCGAAAAGAAUAUAUAUACUACGGAGGGGCGGAAUGACUGACUGACCUGUUUUGCAUGGUCUGAAUUUCGGGAAAUUCGCACGGCCGGAAAGGAGGGGAGUCCAGAGGGGAGAAAUAAAGGAGCCCCCGAGGGAAUCUAUUUUACAGAGGUAUGCCAGUGCCUGAGGUGGCGACUGACACUGCCAGCGCUGCCGCCAUGUUGAGCCCCGUCCUCCACGCCUCCAACGGAGACGGAUCCGAGUCUGAAACCACCUCCGCCAUCCUCGCCUCCGUCAAGGAACAGGAGUUGCAGUUUGAACGUCUGACCAGGGAGCUGGAAGCCGAACGACAGAUCGUUGCCAGUCAGUUGGAGAGAUGCAAGCUUGGCUCUGAGACUGGAAGCAUGACUAGCAUCAGCUCAGCAGAUGAGAAAUUUCGCUGGAACAACCAAGAUGGACAGAAGGACAUCGAGGAGGAGCUGACGACAGGCUUGGAGCUGGUGGACUCCUGCAUCCGAUCGCUCCAGGAAUCGGGCAUCUUGGACUCACAGGACACGUCUGCAGGAGACAGACAAGGACUUCUGUCCCAAAGCGCUUUGCAGCUCAACCACCAGGAUGCCUAUACAGCAGCUGGUUACCAUAGUAACCAAGGGAUGGCGCUUGGGGAACCGACCUCGGGCCGAUGCGGGCAGGUCGGAGGGGCUGUUCACAGCUACAACCAGGUGACAUCCAACCGUGUGGCUGCCCACUUUGCGGGAACCGACUCUGCCUCCCAGUCCCAGAGAGACUCGUUUGCCCAGCUGGCCCAUGGCAGCGCCUUCCACAUGCCCGCUGACAUCAUAUCUGCACCUGCCGGACCCCCCAUGUAUUACUCCUGCGCCACUUUGCCUGCUCAGCGCGUGAGCUCCCCUCUGCAGGCGGUGGGAUCCCCUACCAAGCUGCAGCGCCUGGGAUCGGCCUCCUCCGACAUGCCCAGCUAUGCCACGCUACAGAGGGUGUCCUCGCCCAAGCAGUCGCCCGGUCGACUCGCCAGGUCCUACAGCACCUCAUCGCCCAUCAACAUGGUAGCAUCGGGCGCCGCUGGCUCUUCCUCCCCCCUCCCCAUGGCAGCCUCCCCAGGGGGGAACCACACCUCGUCGCCCAUCCACCAGCUCAGCUCAGUGGUGGGCAGCUACGCCACCCUAUCGCCCAAGCGCAUGCUGCAUCACAUCGGAGGAGAGAGCUACAAGAUUUCCCACGAGCUGUACGCCAACGCAACCCUGCAAAGGCCUGGGAGCCUGGCGGGUAGAGGCUCCAGAGGCUCCUACAGCAGUCAGCACACUCACCUGGGUGCCGAGCUGCGACCUCUGCAGUCUCCCGAACACCACAUUGACCCCAUCUACGAAGACAGAGUCUACACCAAGCCCAACCUGAGAGGACAAGCCCCGCCCUCCCCCGGUGUCGACCCAAUCCCCUUGCAGCGAACAGGAAGCCAGAGCGCCACGGGCACCUUUCAGAGAGGCAGCUUCGCCGCGGGAGGCGGUGCGACCGACUUCUCCAACCCGUACCGCACUCUGCAGUUCUGCCCGUCCACUGAGUCGCCUUACAGCAAAUCGGGCCCCACCCUGCCCCCCGAGGCCACCUUGGGCCGCUCUCCGUCAGUGGACAGUAUCCAGAAGGACCCAAGGUACGAUCCCGAAUUCCUUGUGUGGAAUCAAAAUCAAGCCGAGCAAAGAAUGACAAAGGAGUUCGGCUGGAGGGAUCCAGAGCUGCCGGAGGUGAUCCAGAUGUUGCAGCAUCAGUUCCCAUCGGUCCAGUCCAACGCCGCGGCCUACCUCCAGCACCUCUGCUUUGGAGACAACAAGAUUAAAUCUGAGAUCCGGCGGCAGGGUGGCAUCCAGCUGCUGGUGGACUUGCUGGACCACCGGAUGAACGACGUGCACCGCAGCGCCUGCGGAGCCCUGAGGAACCUGGUGUACGGCAAAGCCAACGACGACAACAAGAUCGCCCUGAAGAACUGCGGCGGCAUCCCGGCUCUGGUGCGACUGCUCCGGAAGACCACAGACGUGGAGAUCCGGGAGCUGCUCACAGGUGUUUUGUGGAACCUAUCGUCAUGCGACGCCCUGAAGAUGCCCAUCAUCCAGGAUGCCCUCGCCGUGCUGACCAACGCUGUGAUCAUACCCCACUCUGGCUGGGAUACGUCCCCGCAUACACAGGAGGACCGCAAGCUGCACCUCCACUCCUCCCAGGUCCUCCGCAACGCCACAGGCUGCCUCCGGAAUGUGAGUUCUGCAGGCGAGGAGGCCCGGAGGAGGAUGAGGGAGUGCGAGGGCCUUACAGACGCUCUGCUCUACGUCAUCCAGACCGCUCUGGGGAGCAGUGAGAUCGACAGCAAGACCGUAGAGAACUGUGUGUGCAUCUUGAGGAACUUGUCGUACCGUUUGGCCGCAGAGACAUCUCACACCCAGCAGGGGGGGUCGGAGGAGCUGGACGGUCUGCUGUGUGACACCGGCGGGAAGGACGCAGAGAGUUCCGGAUGCUGGGGCAAGAAGAAGAAGAAAAAGAAGGGACAUGAACAGUGGGACGGUGUCGGCCCAUUUCCAGACUUGGCGGAGCCCCCGAAGGGCAUCCAGAUGUUAUGGCACCCCACCAUCGUCAAGCCCUAUCUCACGCUGCUGUCGGAGUGCUCCAACCCAGACACCCUGGAGGGAGCAGCUGGGGCUCUGCAGAACCUAGCUGCUGGCAGCUGGAAGUGGUCGGUGUAUAUCCGGGCCGCAGUGCGUAAGGAGAAGGGCCUCCCCAUCCUGGUGGAGUUGCUGAGGAUAGACAACGACCGGGUGGUUUGUGCAGUGGCCACCGCGCUGAGAAACAUGGCUCUGGAUAUCAGGAACAAGGAGCUCAUUGGUAAAUACGCAAUGAGGGACCUUGUUCACCGUUUGCCCGGCGGCGGCAACAACAACAACACCAGCGGCGGGGGAGGAGGAAGCACCAACAGCAGCGUCCUGGUGGGGAAGACCAUGUCGGACGACACCGUCACGGCGAUCUGCUGCGCACUGCACGAGGUCAUCACCAAGAACAUGGAGAACACCAAGGCCCUGAGGGACGCCGGCGGCAUCGAGAAGCUCAUCGGCAUCGCCCGCAGCAAAGGGGACAAAAUUCCCAGGCAUAGUCCCAAAGUCGUGAAAGCAGCAUCUCAAGUCCUAAACAGCAUGUGGCAAUACAGAGACCUCCGCAGCCUCUACAAAAAGGACGGCUACUCCCAGUACCAUUUCGUUGGCUCUUCCUCCACGAUAGAGAGAGACAGACAGCGACCUUAUUCUUCCUCUCGCACUCCGUCCAUCUCUCCUGUACGGACCUCACCCAACAAUCGAUCAGCGAGCGCCCCUGCUUCCCCCAGGGAAAUGAUGGCACUGAAGGAGAGGAAGGCAGACUACGAGUCGACUGGCAAUGCCAGUUACCAUGGCAGCAAGGGUGAACACACGUCCCGGAAAGACGCCAUGAUGGGUCAACUCUCCAGUGGGUCUUCCACGCUGCACAGAGGAGCAUAUGUGUCGCCCACUGAUGACCUGAAGUAUAACCAGAUCUCCUCCCAAGGCCUGCCUUCAGAGCCCUACCCUCCUUUCCAAAACCCUCCCCCGCCCGACAGCAUCAACUACGAGGACCAAGCCUUCUACGAGAACCAGGUUAUCGCGGGAGGGCGCCCCCCGCAGGGUGACCUCAGCAUGCACCUGCAGGGCCUCAAGUCCACCGGCAACUACGUAGACUUCUACUCCGCCUCGCGGCCCUACAGCGAGCUCAACUACGAGACCAGCCACUAUCCAGCCUCACCAGACUCUUGGGUCUAAGGGGAGACGAGGGUGGAGGAUCAGGAGGAGGAGGAUGGAUGGAUGGAUGGAUGGAUGGUGAAGUGGGUAGUUUAAGAAGAGGAGUAGAGAAGAUGAGAGGACAGUUCCUCUACCUCCCUAGAUAGCAGGACGACGGAUGGGGAGGAUGGAGUGCAGGAGGAAAUCUUUAGACAUUACACUCCUCUCAGAGACAUCUCAGUGAAGAGGGAGAGGGGACAAAGGAGGAACAGAAGCGAACAGAACAGGCCAUGCAUGUGCAUGCACACCACCACCAAAACUGAAUUUUCUUCCUGUGUUUAGUAUGUGAUCAACUACUGCUAGAAAGUUCAGCAGAAGAGAAAGACCUCCUGCACUCCAAGGCCUCCGGAUACAGAACGUAAGACAGACGGACACGACGAAAGAGGACAUAGAGGGGAAAGAUGGAAGAAUGUAUUGAGGUGAAGAAGGACAAUGAAAAGAGAAAAAUAAGUCAGUGGACUCGAGAGUGGAAAAUGUUUUUUUGGAUUGCGAAAUGAAACGUGUGAGAGUACCUGGGAGAAAAACCUGUAAAUAUGUGGUAUAGCAACAUUGCUUUUAGUAAUGUGAAGCACAAGAAGCAGAGCUGUAGGACAUGUAGGACGUCUGUCACACAAAUCUUUGUUUCUCUCUAUGGCUCCAGCGUGAUGUGUCCUCCUCUGGGCGAAGAACGCCUCUGGACUGGUCAUUUGUAACAGUUUUUUUUUCUUUCUUUCUUUCUUUUGUUGUGUUUCUACUUUUUUAAUUCUCGAUUCUGGUUGUAUAGUAUUUGAUGUACACUGUACAUUUACCGAGAUGCAUUGUGUACUGUACAUUGCACUAUUUUCUGUGUCAUGUCAGGCCUUUUUCGCCAUUGGGUCAACUUUACUUCCUCACUAACUAUCCCCCACCUUAAACACACACACAGAAAGACACACACAAUCCCUGCACUCUUUCAAAACAUAUAUUACAGCUACGGACUGAUGUCAAGGCGUUGCUAUUGUUGAAAUAUCGGAUAUGAAUUGGGUAUUUGAAGCAUCAAUUCUGGUAGGUCACGGUGCUCCUUUAACUGCCCUACAGAAUGGCCAUCUCAAACAGUUGAGCUGCCUUUUUUCCCCGUGACAAAACUCUCGUCUUUUUUAAGCUAGUUUAUGGUUUUUUUUGGCGGUCCACAUUAACACCUCGAAUCCCCUUUUUGUUCCCAUAAGCUCCUCCUUUGAGUGAACUGUGCUCAUUGUGUAUAUUAUCGUGCCAAACAAGGGUUACUUCCCCUCAGCUGAAGAAGACAUGGG